AUGUUCAGCGAGGAGCGCGAGGAGGGCAUAGACACAAGGGAAAAGGGUGAAAAAGUGCGGCAGCGGAGCACACCGGACACCGACGAAAGUGAACUGUGCGACUCACGGGUGGAGAUGGGAGGGAGCGCGGGCCAGAUGACACGGGAGAAAGGACAAUCAAAGCACAACCAUCUAAAUACCUCAGCAACUCAAGUGUGCGACUGGAGGGUACUGACUGUCGUCCCCACGCCGCCCGGUGGGUCUCACGAGCAGGUCAGCUGUCUGGUGUUCACCAAGCCAAGUCUGGAAAGAUCCCCGGCGGAGAUCCCAGCACCACCAACAGGCCGAGCCCCCCAGGGCGGCCCGCACGCUGAGACCACCAACGCUGCCUGCCGGCAUGCGGGGACCACAGCUCCCGUGUACGCUCAGCCCCCGUGUACACGCUCAGCCCCCGUGUACGCUCAGCCCCCGUGUACACGCUCAGCCCCCGUGUACGCUCAGCCCCCGUGUACACGCUCAGCCCCCGUGUACGCUCAGCCCCCUGUGUACACGCUCAGCCCCCGUGUAUGCUCAGCCCCCGUGUACACGCUCAGCCCCCGUGUACGCUCAGCUCCCGUGUACGCUCAGCCCCCGUGUACACGCUCAGCCCCCGUGUACGCUCAGCCCCCUGUGUACACGCUCAGCCCCCGUGUAUGCUCAGCCCCCGUGUACACGCUCAGCCCCCGUGUACGCUCAGCUCCCGUGUACGCUCAGCCCCCGUGUACACGCUCAGCCCCCGUGUACGCGCUCAGCCCCCGUGUACACGCUCAGCCCCCGUGUACGUUCAGCCCCCGUCAAAUGGAGAUGCUUCUGGUGAACAAACUCAAGUGGAACCUGGCCGCCAUGACCCCCCACGACUUCAUCGAGCACUUCCUCUCUAAAAUGCCGGAGGAGGAGGAGAACAAGCAUGUCAUCCGCAAGCACGCACAGACCUUCGUGGCGCUCUGUGCCACAGACGUGAAGUUCAUCUCCAAUCCACCCUCCAUGGUGGCCGCCGGGAGUGUGGUGGCAGCGAUGCAGGGCCUGUACCUGGGCAGCCCCAACACCUUCCUGUCCUGUUACCGCAUGACACACUUCCUCUCCAGGCUGAUCAAGUGUGACCCUGACUGCCUCCGUGCCUGCCAGGAGCAGAUCGAGGCGCUGCUGGAAGCCAGCCUGCGCCAAGCCCAGCAGAACCUGGACCCCAAGGCCUCGGAGGAGGAGGAGGUGGAGGAGGAGGAGGUGGAUCUGUCCUGCACACCCACCGAUGUGCGCGACGUGGACGUCUGAGGGCCCCACUGGGGCCGCCGAGCCGGGAGCCGCCCUGGGGCUCCUGACCGUCCCUCACAGGACAUUUCGCUACACCAGAAAGGAGCGGUUCAAUCUCCUUGCUGGUUUGGGUUUUUUGUUUUUGUUUUCUUCUGUAUUCUUUGUCUUUUCUGUCUCUGACUUA